AUGAAGCGUGGCAGCAAGGCAGGCUCCUCCAAUGAGCCCUUCCAGGACGACAGCGGCGAGCCCUGCGAGGAGGAGGACGAGGAAGCACCUUUGUUAAUUCAGGAGAAAAAACAGAAUCAGAAGCCGAGCAACCUCAGCAACCUGGCAUGGUUGAGUUCCGGAUGUGGCCUAGGGCCAUACAUCCAACAGUUAGAGUCCAGCUUUGGCUACGAACUGCUGGUGAUGCUUUUUGUAGCCCAGCACCUGAUGAAAGGGUUUGUGAAUGAGUUCACCAGUCCCUGCAUCAACUUCCUUUAUGGUGCUUACAGAGUACCCGGACCGCAGAUGCAAGUUUAUCGCGGGGUGACACACCUUCCUUGGGCCAUGAAGCCGAUGAUUGGCUUGCUCAGUGAUACCAUGCCGAUAUUGGGCUACAACAAAGGCCCCUAUAUCCUUUUGGUGGCCGUCCUGGGAUCUGCAGCCACCGCAUGCAUUGGCUCCGUGCCACAGAGCCAGCUGACGAUCACAAGCCUGGUCUUCUGCCUUUUCCUCAUCCAACUGCAGCUCUCCACCACCGACCUGCUGACAGAAGCCAAGUAUGCCGAGAAGAUGCAGACGAAGCCAAGUGAAGGGCCCGCCUUGAUGUCCUUUGUAUGGUUUGGCUUGCAGUGUGGAGGCCUUGUUGCCAUGCUGAUGGUUGGCCCAAUCAUGUCACACUACGGGCCCAAGCUGCCUUUCCUUGUGGUUCUGGUGCCCUCCAGCAUCAUCGUGGUGCCCCUGAUGAAAAACUACCUCCAAGAGCGAAGGCUCAGCGCGGAUGACCUCAGGGCUGCACGUGCCUUGAUCUUCCAGCAGAGGGAGGCCUGUGCUCUCUGCCUCCUUAUGAUGGCCUCCACCCUCUUGCUUACCGUCAUCGGCACGACCCUGCAGAAUGUCAAGGUCAAUGCUAUCGCCUCCGUGGUGGUGGCUGUGGUCAUCAUCUCGGCCUUCAGUCUCCUCCUGCGCCCGGAGAUCGCCAAAGUGAAUGCUUUCUUCUGCCUCCAAACCGCAGUGAACUUUUCGGUGGGUGGCGCGUCUUUCUACUUCUACACCGACACUGCGGAGCAGUAUCCCGAGGGCCCUCACUUCUCCAAGGUCUUUUACACCACAGUCCUCGGAGUCACAGGCUCGGUCUUCUCUUUGAUUGGCAUCUAUACCUACCAGAAGUAUGCCAGUGACUGGAGCUUUCGUCAGCUACUGCUGGUCAGCAAUGUGGCGCUCUGCAUCCUCAGUGUCACGGACGUGGUCUUCUUCCUGCGCCUCAACACGCGCAUUGGUAUUCCAGAUCAUGCCUUCAUCCUGGGCAGCAGUGUCUUCGCCACAAUCCUCAGCCAGUGGCAGUGGAUGCCGGGAGUGGUCAUCUUGUCGCAGCUUUGUCCUCCGGGCCUGGAGGCCACCAUGUAUGCCCUCCUGGCGGGAUGCCACAACCUGGGAGGCACAAUCGCAUCUUCCACCGGCGCAUUUAUGUUAGAGUUGCUGGAGGUGCAGCCAUCAGGUGCAAAACAGGAGUCAGAUCAAUUUCGGAACCUCUGGGUCGCCUCCGCCAUCUCCUCCGUGCUUCCAGCACUUGUGCUGCUGCUUCUGCCCUGGCUGAUUCCAGAUCGGAAGCAGACGGAGAAGUUGAUGAAGGAUGGCGACGUGAGCGUCACGCGGGGCUCACUCUGGCGGCGCAUCACUGGCCAAGAGUGA